UGUCCCGCGCCGUUCGUGAAUGCUGAAUUGUAUCCCCCUCACGGCGGACAACUCGACGCCCGCUUCUGCGCUGCCCCAGUCCCAGGCCUAACCUGCUGCCUCCCCUGCCCCAUCAGCCAAUGGGUCUUCAGCUCCUCCUUCCCCACCCAAGUCCCCGCCGCCAACUGGGUCGCCGUCCCCUCCUUCAUCCUCACCUCUCUACUCCUCCUCACCUACGCCUUCCUCCCGGAAGAAAAAUCCCACCGUCACUAUCUGUCCAUCGGAUUGACGGUUAGCUUGUUGUUGAUGAGUCUCGCGUUCAUCGUGCCGUUGAGCACGCGGCCGCACCAGUGCCGCGAUGCGAUCACCCCGAAUAACAUGUACACCGAUAUGAGUUGUGCGUGGAGCGGGGCGUUGUUGCAGGCCGGGGCUAUGGGGACGGCGGUGUGGAUCCUCCUCCGCUCCAUCUGGACCGCCCUGCGCAUCAUCCUCGACUUCAAGCGCACAGACCUCUUCCGCACCGUCUCCCUCGCCUUCGGCAUCGGCUUCCCCGCCCUCCUGCUCGCCAUCGCCAUGCCAGUCACAGGAGUGUCGUACCGUCUUUGGGACGUCUGCAUCCCCAACGGCACCGAAGCGUUUGUGACCUGGUUCGUCUGGCUGAUUGUUGUGGCGGGGCUGGCGGGGGUUAUUUUGAUUAUCACCGUAGGGUAUUGUGUGUGGAAGUUUGCGCUUAGUGCGUUGGCGGGUUCGGCGAGGGGGCGGAUGAGUAGUGGGAGUGUUGGUGGGCCGGGGAAGAAUAGUCGACGUCGUGCGAUUGGGCGGCGGAGAAGGGUGGAGUGGGGUCGGAUCAAGAGGGUGCUGUAUUUGCAGUGGCGAACGGUGGUGUUUGCGUUCAUCGUCACCAACGAGACGAUUUUCUUCGCAUUGGUGUUUGUGUCGCAGACGGCGGCCGUGCAGCGGAAUAUCGGUGGGAUUACGCCCGAGGAUGAGGCGUGGGGGAUCUGUUUGAUCGCGACGGGGGGCGAUAGCGAUGCGUGUUUGGAUCAGAGUAGUGGGUUGGGGUUGAGUGAAGGGAGGGUGGUGGCGGUUUUGUUGUUGGCUGCGAGCCUUGGUGCCACGCUAAGUCUGCUCAUGAUCCGCACCUCCAUGUUCGAGGGCUGG